UUCGGAGUGGUCCAUCCCAAGCUACAAGUAUGAAGACUUCAUCCACAAUGACAAGACGCUCUAUGACUGGAUGGACAGCCUUGUCAAGUACGGGCUGGUUAUGAUCAAGUACGCACCAGCCAAUGAUGGCAUCUGCCAGAAAGUCUGCGACCGGGUCGGCUAUGAGAGGUUUACGUGCUAUGGAGCCGAUUUCAGAGUGGAGAAGUUAUUUGACUCGAGUAGUUUGGCGUUCACGACGAAUGAGCUAGGUUUACACGUGGAUUUACCAUACUAUGACUACCGUCCUGGGGUCCAACUCCUUCAUUGCAUUCGACAGUGUGAGGUGGAGGGAGGGGACAAUCAGUUCGUUGAUGCGAAGCGAGUUGUUGAUAGGCUGAAAGCUGAAGACCCAGAAUCCUUUGAAAUAUUAACAAAGGUCAAAUUGGACUUCCGGCUCAUAGGGAAGGACUUUAUCGAUACCCAUCUCCAACAGGCAAGACCAAUGAUAGAACUAACAGAUGACGGUGAAUUCAAAGGGUUGGCUUACAAUGACCAGACGAGGUCGCCCUACAUCAACGUUCCAGUGGGUCAGGUGAAGGAAGUCUACAGGGCCUUGAAGAAAUUCCACCAAGCUAUGUACAGGCAGGAUAACUUCAUUAACUACAAGUUAAAAGAAGGAGAAGUAGUUGCCUUUGACAACAAUCGUGUGAUGCAUGGUCGCAGUGCCUAUACAGUCACCUUCAAGGAUGGCAAGGACAAGUCCAGGCUGCUAGAGGGCGCUUUCUUAGAUUGGGAUGAAAUCUAUUCGCGCAUGCGCCUUCUAGAUGAAUCAAUGAACGGCACACCAAGACUCUAACGAUUGGACAUUUAUAUACCUGCAUAGUGCAGGCAGAGAGAGGCACAGUUUCAAAGUUUAUGUAUUAAAGACCCGUCUUCUGUUAAAAACUUCCAGUAACUUGUAACUUCCAGUUUUCACACCAACAAUUUUUUUUUACACGCUAGCCUGGCCAUUUCUAUGAUAAAUACCAUGGAAGCGACUAAUAAUAGAGUCUAGCAGCCUAUGAUGUGCAUUAUACACAUCAUGAGAUGAAGACCUAGCUGGCCCUUGUAAAUGGGACGGCCAUCGCAGCCAUCGGGCGAUGGAAUUCAAAAGCUUAAUUUAAUUUAAUUUAAUUUCGGAACUUUACUUUAAUCUUGAUCUUAGGAGACACGAACAAACGAACGAUCAGCUAGCGAGCAACCAGUCCGGGAUCGGAGGGCCCGCAUUUGCGUUCCCAGAAUCUCCGGUAAAGGGGUACUUUUCGCGCGACAAAGUGCUUUAAAAAAUCCGGCCCGUUUCGACUUUACACACCGGAGAUAGGGGUUGCCUUCCAAGGAAGGGAACUUGCAUACACGUGCCCUAAAUAACACUGAGUAGAGGGGGGGGGGGGG